AUUAAAUGAUUUCUAAGCUGCUACAUGUCACAGCAUGUCAUGCUUGCAUGCAAAGCAUAGUCUGCAUCUCAUAACAGCUUUUUGUAGCUCUAUCGCGAUAUUUCUAUUUCACUUCCUCUUUACUGAUCUCUAUUUUUAAGGAUGGAUUUAAACGACAUGCUGCCAAGAGCAGUUGCAGUUCAGCCUCAUUUCCUGUGGGAGGUGGUUGAGAGCAGAGAUCUGUUCCCUUCAGAGAACAGAGUUUGUUUCUGUUCAGACAAAGCGAAACUAAACGAGAGUCACUGAGAGAGUGAAAUGGCACAGCACAAAAAUCUAAUGGACAAGGAAAUAUUCUGCUGUUCAAUCUGCUUGGAUUUACUGACGGAUCCGGUGACCAUUCCCUGUGGACACAGCUACUGCAUGAACUGUAUUAAAACUCAAUGGGAUUCGGAGGAUACAAAGCAAAUCCACAGCUGCCCCCAGUGUAGGCAGACUUUCACACCAAGGCCUUCGCUGGUGAAGAGCACCAUGUUAGCAGAUUUAGUGGCUGAGCUGAAGAAGAUUGGGCUCCAAGCUGCUCCUUCUGAUCAUAGUUAUGCUGAACCUGAAGAUGUGGCCUGUGAUUUCUGCACUGGAGUAAAACUGAAAGCCAUGAAGUCUUGUUUAAUCUGUCUGGCGUCUUACUGUGAGAAACACCUCCAGCCACACUAUGAUUCGCUUACAUUCAAGAAACACAAGCUGGUGGAGCCGUCCAAGAAGCUCCAGGACAACAUCUGCUCUCGUCAUGAUGAGGUGAUGAAGAUUUAUUGCCGUACUGAUCAUCAGAGCAUCUGUUAUCUCUGCUCAAUGGAUGAACAUAAAGGCCACAACACGAUCUCAGCUGCAGCAGAAAGGACUGAGAGGCAGAAGGAGCUCGAGGUGAGUCAAGAAAAUAUCCAGCAGAGAAUCCAGGACAGAGAAAAAGAUGUGAAACUCCUUCAACACGAGGUGGAGGCCAUCAGUCAGUCUGCUGAUAAAGCAGUGGAGGACAGUGAGAAGCUCUUCACUGAGCUGAUCUGCCUCAUCCAGAAAAGCUGCUCUGAUGUGAAGCAGCAGAUCAGAUCCCAGCAGGAAACUGAAGUGAGUCGAGUCAAAGAGCUUCAGGAGAAGCUGGAGGUGGAGAUCACUGAGCUGAAGAGGAAAGACACUGAGCUGAAAGCGCUCUUAAACACAGAGGAUCACAACCAAUUUCUACAAAAUUAUCUCUCACUGUCAGCACUCACCGAGUCAACAGAAUCAUCCAGCAUCAAUAUCCGUCCUCUGGGGUACUUUGAAGUGGUGACAACAGCUGUGUCAGAGGUCAGAGAUAGACUGCAGCACAUUCUGAGAGAGAAAUGCACAGACAUCUCACUGAUAGUCACUGAAGUGGAUGUUUUACUCUCAGAUCCACAAUCAGAGCCAAAGAGGAGAGCUGGAUUCUUAAAAUUAUCACAUGAAAUCACACUGGAUCCAAACACAGCAAACACAUGGCUGCUAUUAUCAGAGAGGAACAGAAAAACGACAGCAAUGAAUAAUCAACAGCCCUAUUCUGAUCAUCCAGACAGAUUCACUGAUUACUGGCAGGUUCUGAGCACCAAUAGACUGACUGGACGUUGUUACUGGGAAGUUGAAUGGAGAGGAGGAGUUCAUGUAGCAGUUGCAUACAAGAAUAUCAACAGAGCGGGGAUGGGGAAUGAAUGUGGAUUUGGAGGAAAUGCAAGAUCUUGGGCAUUGAAAUGUUCCCAAAACAGUUAUACCUUUUGGCACAACAACAUCCAAACCCCCAUCUCAGGUCCUCAGUCCUCCAGAAUAGGAGUGUACCUGGACCACUGUGCAGGUAUUCUGUCUUUCUACAGCAUCUCUGAAACCAUGACCCUCCUCCACAGAGUGCAGACCACAUUCACUCAGCCGCUCCAUGCUGGACUUCGACUUAAUGGUUGGUGUGUUUUUGGAGCAAGUGCCAAGUUCUGCGAACUCAAACAUUUAUAGUCUUUCAUAUUCAAGUGGGUUUAAAUCUGGAUUCGAAAUACAUUGAUAAAAAUUCAUAUUCGUAUUGAUGCCUUUAUAUGUUUUUGUCUUCCAGUUUAUGAUGUUAACUUAAUGAAGACAUCAGCAGAGCUGCCUCAUUACAGAUGUUGCUCUCGUUAAUUUGUACAUGUGCGAAGAAAUCUAUGAUACAUUUGCAUGUAUCUGUAGGGCAAACUGAGUGUUUUUGUUGUUGUUUUCUAAAUUGACAAACAAAAUAUAAAACUUAUAAUUAUUGAAUAGAUCAUUUGUUGUAUGUAAUGUGUGAAAAUAAAUGUUUUUCAUACAUAAUAAAAGAAAAAAGGAAAAAAAGGUGUUUUUGAUCUUUUUAAUUAUGGUGAAAACAUACUGCAUGUGUGGAUCAUCCCUAUGCAAGAAGCUGGUUUAAGUUGAUGAUGAGGUGACUCAUCUAGUGAUGCUGUGUGAUAUUGCAAACUUUGGUAUCAGUCCAAUACCAAGUAAAUACACGGUCAUGAUUGCCGAUACCAAUACAGAUACUUUAAACCUAUAAAGCAGGUUAAAAUCAGUGGAUUUUUAUCCACUGAUCAGUUUGCAAAUCAUCAUCACUUUCCUAAAUAAAACACAUUUUAAUGAUCAUAUAAAAUGUCUGUGAUUUUUACUUUUGUUCAUAGGACAAAAG